UGUACCGUGCGCUCUCGUUUUUGGGAAAAAUACGAGUGAGUGUUCUGCAAGACGGAGCGUGAAGUGCAGCACGCUGUUGUUGUUGUUGCUGCUGAUUUUGUUUUGCUGUUGUUGUUUAUCAUGUGUUUUUGGCAUUCAUCUGGCAAAAGCAUGCGGAAAAUCUGAUCUGAUCUGACGGCUACAAGAAAAGCAAUUGCGCUAUGCGAUAAAAACAAAACACAAAAAAACCACAUACAUAAAGAUAUCGCUAGUAUCAGUAUCAGAGUAUCGGUUACAAUUCUUGGCUCGUGUGACUCUUUUCAAACUACAUAACUGACUGCUGAGUGACCAAACCGUUUGCAAACUGGUUGCACACGCUGUCCUAAAGCACCGCCGCUACUUGUUGCUUUUUCUUUGUUUACCUGCAUCAGCGCAGAAAACACGGUCAUGUUCAUUGCAUGCAGUUACUGCUGAUGCUGAAGCUGCCUCUCAGUAAAAACAGACGCCGCCAAAAAGACGAUCAGCAACCGCUAUCAGAAGCACUGCAGAAGAAGAAAACGCUGCUUCAGGAUGUCGGACAUUUACUACUGCAGUAAUAGCCAGAUGAAAAAAUCUCGCGAAGCUGACAAAAAUGCUCCAAUGGCCACAACUGUAACAAAUCCAACAGCAACAGCAGCAGCAAUAACAACAACAACAAAUAACAAUAACAAUUGCAGUAAUCGCAAAAGCAGCAUCAGCAGCAACAAAGACAAAAACAAAGAGAUGCAAACGAAUGGAGGAGGCAAAAGCAAUUGGAAGGGCCUCGUCCAAAGCAAUCCCAAUAGUAAUGGUAAUGGCAAUGGCAAUGGGAUCUUGUCAGCGACAGCAGUAUCCCAGCCACCCAAGAUAUUCCACAAUACACGCUGUACGCGACACCACAAGCCCCAUCAUACGCACAGCAAUGGAGGCGGUGGUGGGGAUGUGGGAAUAGCAGCGAUAGCAGCUGCCACAACUGUUGCAGAUCAGCGCGAUCGAGAUCAGCAGCAGCAGCAGCAGCAGCAGCAGCAGCACCAUCGCCACCACCAUCAUCAGGCACAACAACAGCACCACCUGCACAUGCAUAGCCACAGUCAUAAUCAUGCCCAUCAUGGACUGCGUCGCAAAUCCGAAUCUGUACUCUCCACCGACUCGGACAUACGCUUCACACGGCGCAAGCUGGGCGAUAGCCAGAAAUGCGGAUGCGCUGUGAUAGCCGGCUUCCUAAUCGCUCUCCUCGUCGCCGGUGCCUUUGUUUAUAUAGGCUAUACGUACUUUCGACCGGAGCCGUUGCCGGAUCGCGUGUUCCGAGGCAAGUUCAUGGUGCUCAAAGACAAGUGGACCAUGGAGUUGGCCAAUCAAAACUCGAUGCGCUUCCAGCACAAGGCGCGUGACUAUCGGGAGCGCAUCAAUCUAACUCUGCGACGCUCGGACUUACGGGAGGCCUACGAGGGUAGCGAGAUUCUGGCAUUAGAUGGCAGCGAGGACAACAACAAUAUUGUCGUGCAUUUCAACAUGAUAUUCGAUCCGUAUGCGGGCCUGGUGAGCAGUGGCGAAUUGUUGGCGCUCUUCCACGAGGAGCUGAGUGAUGCACAGAGUAGGCAAUUCGCCAACAUGACCGUGGAUGUGUCGAGUGUGACGAUUAAGGAAACCACUGGUCUCAUCGAGGAGCCCAUCAUGUCCAGCUCGCCACUCGGUGGCCACGAUGAGACGACGGAACCAGCGAGCACAACGCCACGUCCGCUGCCACGACGCUGCGAGCCACUGCAGCUAAGCUAUUGUCGCAAUGUGGGCUAUAAUGUGACCACGUAUCCGAAUCUGCUCGGGCAUGCCACCUACGAACAGGUGGCCGAGGAUGUGAUCGUCUUUCGUGAGCUCGUCGACGGCGAAUGCUUUCGCGAGGCGUAUGACUUUGUGUGCCGCUUGUUGCAGCCGCCGUGCAAGACGCACGGCAUCGGCCGCGAGCCGACACCUGGCGCCAUUUGUCGUGAGUACUGUGAGGCAUUCAUGGCCGGCUGUGGGGGUCGGCUACCUGCCCGCUUCCGGCAGCACUUCGACUGUGAGCGCUUCCCGGAGUCGACGGGCACCCAGUCGUGCCAGGAGAAGCCCCACUGCGUCGGCGACAUGCAGUCCAAUGUGCAGAGUCCGCGUCUCUGUGACGGCUAUGCCGACUGUCCCGAUCUAUCCGAUGAGCGCAGCUGCGCCUUUUGCGCCCCCAACGCCAUAUACUGUGGACGCGGUCGGGCCUGUGUGCCGCGCAAGGCGCGCUGCGAUGGCAAGGCCGAUUGUCCCGAUGGUGCCGAUGAGAAGGAUUGCCUGUCAAUUGCUCCCUUGGCGGCCGAUCUGUUGCAGCCGGAGCCAUGGGUACCGUAUUUGCCGCGCUUCCAUGCCGUUGGCUAUGCCGUCUUCUCCGAGAAAGGCGUCGUUGGCAAACUGUGCGCCGAGGGUCUUGAGGGUGAUGCCAAGCUAGUGGUACGGCAGACCGUCUCUGAAUCCCUUUGCAAAUCGCUGGGCUAUGAAUCCGUAGAAAUCUUUGAUGUGCAAAAUGAUACGGAAAAAUUGUCGGAUUAUGUGCGGGUUUUAGAUCCCCAUGCGCCCGAAAUCAGUUUCAUACGCACCCACUGCCCCAAGAGGCAGGUGCUCUACGUAGGCUGUGGCGGGCUGCGCUGCGGUGUUCAGUCGGCGCUGCCCAACGCCAAGCAGCAUUUGUCGCUACCGAAGAUGUCGUCACCGGGGGAUUGGCCCUGGCUGGUGGCACUGUUCCGCGAGGAUAUACAUGUGUGCGAUGGCACGCUAAUAUCGCCGGACUGGGUGCUGACCACGGAGAGCUGCUUCCAGGGCCAGCCGCGGGCUACCUGGAUGGCCUUUGUGGGCGCAGUGCGUCUAUCGGCGAAGGCGCCAUGGACACAGCGCCGCCGCAUCAUUGGAAUGAUCAAAAGUCCAGUUGAGGGUUCUACAGCAGCUCUGGUGCGCCUGGAGACGCCAGUUAGCUUCUCGGAUCAUGUGCGUCCCAUUUGUCUGCCAGACGCACUGCAGCGCCAGCAGCCGCCUAUGCAACGACGCGCCUAUGUUCCAGUCGCCGAGCGAUGGGAAGCGCCGCCCAGCAUGCAUAUGCAGCGCCAGCGUCUGGCACAGGAGACGCAACAGUUCUUCCUCAUACCGUCACAGCAGGUGCAGCUGGAGGGUUCCGGUGCCGGUGCCGAGGAUCAUGAGGAGACCGCCGGCUAUGACUAUCUGCGGGCCGAGGCAGCCGCAGCUCAAAUGCCGCAUGCCGAGGCACUGCAGCAGGCACCAAUCACCAAUGGGCAGGAUCAGCAGCUCCAGCUAAAUGCCUAUCCGUUGCCCGAGAGUGCCCCGCAGCUCAACCACUAUGAAGCAUCCUCGUCCGCCUCCCCCUUGCUGGCGGCGAAAACAACAAAAGCACCAAGUACGCCGGAACAAAUCUGGACGAACUGCAACACGCUCGGCUGGUCCCGUCAGCGUGAUCAUCUGCAACGCGUCCAGCUCAAAAUUGGCGAUAUGGCACCCUGCGAAAACAUCUCCAUAACGACGGUCAACUCUAUGUGCAUGGAGGCCACCUACCAGAAAUACGAUUGCACACAAGAGGAAUACUCUGGGGCGCCCGUGCAAUGCCUGAUUCCGGGCACCAACCAAUGGGCCCUAAUUGGAGUCUCGUCCUGGCGCAUCGCCUGCGGGCCGACGGGCGUCGAACGGCCGCGAAUGUACGACAGGAUUGCCUCGAAUGCCGACUGGAUACGGGAAACGGUGAAUGCGGCUUAGCAGAAGCAGGAAAAAGCACACGGACGCACAAAAGAAAAGAACACGAAAAAAACAAAAACUAACGUGUAUUAUGUAAAAAGCAAGAAGAACAACCCCUAAUCGUAACUAACUGCAUGGUUUAAUCUAAUAUCAUAAUGUAUUAUCAUCUGUUUUUUCCCCCGUACUGUUUUGUGUAAUAUUUAUUAAUUAAUUUAAUUGUAUGCUAAACGAAAAAACCACACACAUGUGCAUAUAUGUAUGUGUGCUUGUAUAUGUAUUUAGUACGUAGUAGUUGCUGUAACUGUAAUUCUGUUUGUAUUUGUUGAGAACGAUUGUUUUGUUUAUGCAAAUUAUCUCUAGUUGAAUAAAAAUGAGUAAAAUACAGGCGAGUCAAGUA